AUGCAGAUGCUGCAGGUUGACCCUCAUUCUGCCAGCGCAGCAGCCAAAGCAGACAACACAGGGUGGCAAAGCGCGACGCAUUUGCUUGCAUCUUUAGUGGGAGCUGAUCUUGAAGCUACAGUCGUCAAUCACAAUAUUUUGCUCAGCUCCUUCGAAAAGGCAUCACAGUGGCAUAAGCCUUUGGUCAUCCUUCACGACAUGGACGCAAUUGCUGUUCAGAAGACAGUGAUUUCCCUUGCGUCAGCAAUCAGUGCAUCUGGGGCUGCUGGGCAUUGGGAGCAGGCCCUGCUAUUGUCAAAGUGGUUGGCACGCGGAGGCUUGCAGCCGAAUUUGAUUUCAAGCAAUGCAGCUGUGAGCGCGUGUGGAAAACAAGGACAAUGGUUGCAAGCUGUUCGCCUUUUGGAUGCGAUGUCUCAGCUCAGUUUGGAGGAAGACGUCAUUUCUAACAACGCUGUAAUCAGCUCUUGCGAGAAGGGUGGCUUGUGGGAUUUGACCUUGGCACGGCUGACACGAUUCAGGUCGUUGCGGAUCAUGACCUCUGUGGUGACCUGCAGUGCCUUGCAUCCCAAGAGAAAUGAAUCCAAUGUGGAGCAGCUGCUGCGCGAGUGGGACUCCAUAAAGAGAGUCACCUCGCAGAACAUCGCUCCAGCAGUGCUGCUAAGCGAGAAGGAACGAAUGGCCAUGGAGAGUGCCAUGGAUGAUGCGGAGCUGCUGGCGCUGAAACACGCUGAGAUCAGCGGGUGGUUUUUUGACCGGCGGACCGGCUGUCGGUGGCCGGCGGCGCAAGUUGCUGAACUCUGCAGGGGCAAUUUAGCUGAAUGGAUGGCGUGGGCCUUUUUUCAUUGCACACCUGCAGAGGUACCUGCUCAAAGACGCCAAGAGCUGGAGCAGCUUAUAGAUGAAGGUGCCCAAUGGGCUGGUGUGGACUUCCCACGGGGCUACAACCCGCAUGUGCAAGCAAUGCGCUUGACUAUGGAUCCAAUCCCAUCGGAGCAGCGACCGCUGAUCUACUACAUUGUGACAGCUUUGGCCAUGCCAGUGGUCAACACCUACAACCUCGAGAAUCUCGGAUUCCGCCGGCACAGGAGUGGAACUCUUUGGUACUGGUUGCGGCGUGGACGAGGGAAGAGUUCACAGCCACCUAUAGUUUUUUGCCAUGGCGUCGGUGUGAAUUUGCUCCCAUACGUCCACUUCAUCACUGAGCUUUUGAGGCAAAUGCCCAAAGGCAAAGACAUUUUCCUGGUCUCCUUGCCUCAUAUCUCCAUGCGCAUCAAAGAGGAUGUUCCUUCCUCUACUGAAAUGGUCGCUUGCUUGCGCGACAUGCUGCUGAGUUGGGACCACACAUUUGCCCAUUUCGUGGGUCACUCCUUUGGGUCGAUCGUGGUGGCUUGGAUGUGCAGAAAUGCCAAGGAGACAGUUAGCGUCGCUACCUUUCUUGAUCCUGUGUGCUUUCUACUCAUCAAGCCAGAUGUUUGCUACAACUUCAUGUACCGGGAGCCGCAGACAGCCACUCAGCUGCUCAUGCACUACUUCGUCGCCCGCGAGCUGUACAUUGCGCACAGUCUUUCCCGAAACUUUUUCUGGUAUCAGAAUUUGCUGUGGCCAGAGGAGCUGCAAGUACCUUGCAUGGUCAUGCUCUCGGGAGAGGAUUCAAUUGUGCCUGCACACUCCGUCCGACGCUUCCUCACUGGUUGGAUACAGCAACGCGGUGGGGAUGCAUUCAGGCUCCUUUGGUUUCCCAGCAUGGGGCAUGGAGAAAUGAACUUUGGCCCCGUUGGGUUGGCAGCGUGCAAGCGGAUUGUUGCGGAGAUGAUGUCACUUGAAGCGCAGCUUCGAGUGUAG